ACAGCUGAGCCUCUCGCCCUUCCUCUCUCCGAGUUCCGACGCUUCGUUGCGCGCUCGCCCGCCCGCCUAUAAGUAGCUCUUCUUGCUCCCGCGAACCCUAUACCCCCUCCAUCCCCCGAAGCUGCUUCAAGAAUCAUGGCCCCAGUUCCGAUGGACAAGAAGGCCUCCCCCGUCGCUGCCGUGCCCCCCCCGUCUCCCGAUGGGGAGUCUCUGGGCAAGGUGGAAAGCCUCAAGACCCUGAACGAGCUCCUCUUCAUGGAGACGGAGGAGCUGCGGCAGAAAAUACGCGACCUCCGGUCUCACCUCGACCACCUCUCCCUCGAUCAUUCCCUCUCCUCCGACCUCGAGAACGACAUCACCCGCCUCGUACUUGCCUCCCGCCUCGCCGAGUUCGCCGAGGAGAUGACGGCUGCGGAGGAGCGGACCACGCCGGUGGAGGCCGACCUCGUGAUGGCGGGCUUGCAUCUGGAGUCGGCGGACGCGGACAAGGAUGCGAUCGAGAAGACUUUGGAUGCGGCGAUCUCGGAUAAGGUUGCCGUCCUAGAGGACACUGGCGACAAGAAUCACCAUGCUGAGCUACAAGUGGCUGUCCUUCUUGAGGAGAUGGAGAGCUUAGAGGUGGCUCUUAAACAGAAUUUGUCAUCUAUCGGAACCCUGGAAGUCGAAAAGGCGACCAUGGGGGAGAAGAUAAAAUAUAUGGAGGAAGUUCUCAGAACCACUGAUGACCAACUGCUGUCGAUUGCAAGGGAGAAGGGAGAGAUCGAGAAAGAUCUGGAACUUGCAAUCAUGGAAAGGAACGCUUGCAGAAGAGAUCUACAUGCGAUGUCGAUGGUGCUUGAAAAGACGAAGGAGGAGUUCGCUGGUUAUCAGGCAGCAAAUAAUGCUCUCGAUCAGGGGAUCGUUAAGUUGGAGCGCCAGUUCGAGGAAGAACACGCGACGGUCAUCAAGGAUGUAAACCGAUGGAUGGGAAAGGUUGGCGGCACCGAGCGGAGGAAGGAAGAGCUCGAACAACAGAUUAGUAUUCUUCAAACCAAGAUCACUGAUCUGCAGGGAAAGGUCUCAAAGAGUGAAGCCAUUCGGCAGGAAAAGAUAGCUUUAGAAGAGAAGUUGGGCUCGGUAGAGGAAGCUCUCAAGAGCGCGAACGAGCGUUUCGAUCUCGUCGCAGCAGAGAAGGAUGGUCUCAAGAAGGCUUUGGAACAGGCAACCCUGGAGAGAGAGUCGACCCAGAGGAAGCUCACUGAUGAGGCGAACAAGUGUAAGGCUAUGAUUGCACAGGUGACUGAGGAGCUAAAGAUGAAGCUCGGCUUGAAAGCGGUCGACGAAUCGAAAGCCAAGCAGGAAGGCGAAAUCGCUACUUUGCAGGGACAGGUUGCAGAUCUCUCGUCUACUCUGUCUGCGCUUGUAGAUUCGAGCGGAGACAUCACUGGGAGAAAAGCCCAGCGGCAAGCUGAGAAAGAAGCUGUCUUGAGAGACCUUGAUCUUGAGAAGGCCAAGGUCCGCCGGCUGAGAUUGCAGUUGGAGAAGCUGAAGAAGGGCAGGGAUGAUGCGGCCAACGUGCUCCGGAAAAUGGUGGUGGUAAUUGAAGGACUCAUAGCGGAGAACAGGAUCAUCGAGACAUCAGAGCUCAUCACUGGGUUGGUGACGGCAGGCAACGAGGACGGCGUUGGACGAGGAAUCGACAUCGAGCAGGAUGCGGAUGAGAGCAUGGAGCAUAUGGGAGGAGAACUGGAAGCCAUGAAGACGGCUUUGAAGAGCAAGCUGGCGAAGGUCGAGGGCAUGGACCAGGCACUCAACCUCUUGGGCGGCGCCGUGGAGGGCAAGAAGAAUGGCGGAGAGUGGAGGUGGCUCUGCCCAACCGCGGCAACUUUGCUUGCUGCCAUUUCUCUAGCCUAUGCGGCCAAGCAUUAGCUUCAAGUGCUAGUCUCUCUUUGGUAGCCAAGGAUUAAGCCUUUUUCCUAUAGUUUGACGUAAUAUGAAUAAAAGGUGGAAUCCAACAUAUGCUUGUGGCAUAGUGUCUCUGGUUGCAAUGCAAAAGCAGUGAACUGAAGGGGUGGUUGCAUGUAAUAUACCUUUGUUCUGCAAAUAGUCACAUUCACUUGUGGCUUACAGAUUGCUGUCCAUAAAUAUGCUCUUCAGACAAAAUGUGUCUCCUCUUUAACCUGGCAACAAGGCAGUCCCAGGAAGAAGAAGAAGAAGCAUUAGGUAAUAAUUGCAGUUCCAAGGUGGAAAAUGUAGAUUGACACACCAAAAAGAGGAAUGGCAGACCAUUCAUGGGUGCUUCAAUAUUCCAUUCAUCCAUAAAUCCCAGUCAUCAGUUUCUGGAGUUGA